AUGGAAGUAGAUUGGAACCACCAAGAUUCUUCCAGAAUUGGCCGCCCGGCCAUACUGAGCAAUCUGGGAAAAAAGGCCUUGGUCAGGGAGGUGACAAAGAACCCAAAUGGUAACUCUGACAGAGCUCUAGAGUACCUCUGUGGAGAUGGGAGAACCUUCGAGAAGGACAACCAUUUCUGCGGCACUCCACCGAUCCACUCCUCACGGGGUGAACAGGCCGUGGCUCAGGUGGCUGAGGUCCUUGAUGAUCUUCUUGGCCUUCCUGUGACACCGGGUACUGUAGAUGUCCUGGAGGGCAAGCAGUGGGCCCCCGGUGAUGUGUUGAGCAGACUGCACAACCCUCUGGAGAGCCCUAGUGUGGCGGACGGUACAGUUGUCAUAACAGGUGGUGAUACAGCCCGACAGGAUGCUCUCAAUGAUGCUCUGGAUAAGAGUGAGGUGACAACGUUUGACCUGCCCCUCUCAGCCAGCCUUGGAGCCACUGACGCUUCUGCCUCUAACAUCAGCGUGGAUGGAGCAGGGGCUGUGGCUGGGGUGGAAUCUCUGGCUGGGGGGGCUGAAGUGUCAGUGGGCGCCGAGGCCCAGCGGACACGGGCUGCUCUGGAGCAGCUACAGCAGAAGAUCCUGAAGAGCAUUGAGCAGAUUCGGAUAGAACAGGAGGCACGAAACGACAAUGUGGCAGAGUACUUGAAGCUGGCCCACAAUGCCAACAGCCAUCAGGCUUUUCGUAUCAAACAGGUGUUUGAGAAGAAGAACCAGAAGUCUGCACAGACCAUCGCCCACCUGCACAAGAAGCUAGAUCACUACCACAAGAAGUUUAAGGAGAUACAGCAGCAAGGUCUGGGCCGGCAGCCUAAGGAUGUGCUGGGGGAUAUGCAGCAGGGGCUGAAGGAUGUAGGGGCUAACGUACGGGCAGGGAUCAGUAGCUUUGGUGGAGGUGUGGUGGAGGGUGUCAAAGGGGGCGUGUCAGAACUCACCCAUACAGCUGUGGUGUCUAAGCCCCUGGAGUUUGUCAGCUUGAUCCGCAACAAAUUAGGCAGCACACACUCGCUGGAGGAUGGUGUGGAGGAGCAUUCAGAUGAUGUACCCCUGAGUAGCAGUGUCACCUUGGCCUCCAGCUCAAAGUACAGUAGUGACGACGAGUGCUCCAGUGACUCUGUGACAGAUAGUAAUUAUUUUGGGGCUAGGGGAGGAGGGGGGAUGUUGGGGUUGGGGCUGGCCAGGCUGGACGGGAACGACCACCACAGGUCCUGGGACACUUGGCUGGAAGGCCUGCAGGAGAUCAAAGCCAGCCAGGCCCACAUGGAGGACGCCAUCGAGGACAUGAAGAGUCAGCUGCAGAGCGACUACGCCUACAUGACCCAGUGCCUACAGGAAGAGAAAUACAGGUAUGAGCUACUGGAGGAGCAGCUGAAUGACCUGACAGAGCUGCACCAGAACCAGAUGUCCAACCUGAUACAGGAGCUGGUCAGCAUGGAAGAGAAAGUAACCUACCAGUCCUAUGAGAGAACCAGAGACUCUCAGGAGGCGGUGGAGUCAUGCAUGAACCGCAUCACUAGGUUAGAGCUGCAACAGCAGCAGCAGCAGAUGCUGCAAUGGGAGGGUGUGGAGAACGCCAAUGCCCACGCCCUGCUGGGAAAACUCAUCAACAUCAUCCUGGCUGUCAUGGCUGUAGUACUAGUGUUCGUCUCCACCCCUGCUAACUUUAUCACCCCACUCAUAAAGACCAGAGCACGCGUGGCUGCCACUGUCUUGCUGGCCCUUUUUCUGUUUAUCCUCUGGAAGUACUGGGACUUCUGGGAGCUUUGGCUACUGCCAGGCUGA